AUGCCGCCUGCUGGAUCAUCCACUAAGAAAGUUUCGCUGAAGCAACUAACUGCAAGGCUUGCGGGAACACAGUCCUCACUUCAGGACAUUUUGGAAUUCAUUGAGGAUUUCAAGGAGGAUACGAAGCUUUCUCAAGUGGAGAUUCGUCUGGAGAAAUUGGAAGAGAUAUGGGAGAAAUUUUCCGAGACGUUAGUUGAGAUUAAAUCUCACGACGAUUAUAACGGGGAGGAGACUUAUGACAAGGAAAGGCGGGAGUUCAACAAUCAUUAUGAGGCGAAAUCUUUCCUUGUGGAUCAAGUUAAGGAGUUAAAGGAACCAUCGUCGUUAGACCAAAGUGUGAGAGCUGUCGAUGCUUCAAUGCAUGGCGUGCUCGAUAAUGUGCGCUUGCCACAAAUCAAGCUUCAAAGCUUCAAUGGAGAUAUCGACGAGUGGUUAGGCUUCCGGGACCUGUUCACCUCUCUUAUACAUUGGAAGCCUGAUCUCCCGGAAGUGGAAAAAAUCCACUACUUAAAGGGUUGUCUUCAAGGAGAACCACGGAGCCUGAUCGAUCCAUUGAAGAUAACCAAGGCAAACUACCAGGUAGCAUGGGAUAUGCUACUGAAGCGUUAUAACAACAGUAAGCAAUUGAAGAAGAGGCAAAUCCAGUCACUGCUGUCGUUGCCUACGCUCUCCAAGGAAUCCGUCGGGGAAUUGCACACACUUUUGGAAAGCUUUGAGCGGAUAGUGCAAACCCUCGAUCUGGUAAUCCAGCCAGCCGAGUAUAAGGAUUUACUGCUGGUGAACAUCCUCACGUCACGCUUGGAUCCAGUGACACGUAGGGGAUGGGAAGAGUUUUCUUCGUCAAAGGAAAACGAUUCUCUAGAUGAACUCAGGGAGUUCCUCAAUCGGCGAGUGCACGUACUGGAGUCACUGCCACCCAAAUCUAUGGACACUAGGGGUGUCCAUCAGCCUCCACCACAGCCGAAGCAGAAAUCAUCCUUCACAAGGACUAGCUUCACAACAUCGCAAGCAUCGGGGAUGCGUUGCUCAGAAAGGAGUGGUGGAAAUAAGGUUUCCACAGUUGCAAAGGGCAACAAUCUAUCCUCCGACAAGGAAUCACAAGGAACUUCGCAACCCAGCUCCUCUCAAGUGGCCAAUGCGGCGGCCACUGAUACAACGGUAUCAAAUGCAGCGCACCAAUACUCUUCGCAAGUACUCCUUGCAACAGCGAUCGUCGUGAUGGUGGACGACGACGGCAAUCGGCAUCCAGCUCGUGCCCUCUUGGACUCUGGCUCCGAGAGCAAUUUCAUAACCGAACGGUUGUGCCAACGGAUGAGAGUGACCCGAGAUAAGGUGGACAUCUCGGUUCUAGGCAUCGGACAAGCUUCAACAAGGGUUAAGCAACGAAUCCGAGCGGUGGUACGCUCGCGAUUAUCUCCGUUUUCGCGGGAAUUGGAUUUCCUCAUUCUACCCAAGGUGACUGUUAACCUUCCGACAACCUCGGUCAAUAUUGAUGGUUGGGUCAUUCCAAGCGGGAUCGAACUGGCAGAUCCGGCAUUUUUUGAAUCGAAGGGAGUGGACAUCGUACUCGGCAUUGAGUCGUUCUUCGACUUUUUCGAAACAGGCAGGCGAAUCUCAUUAGGCGAAGGGUUACCAACCCUCAACGACUCGGUAUUCGGAUGGGUCGUUUGUGGAGGCACAUCUACUUCCGUCAACUCCCUGCAAAUCAGUUGCAACACUUCAUCAUCCGGAAGGCUGGACCUACUAUUGGAGCGGUUUUGGGAGUGUGAAGAACUAGAAUCGGAAAGAGCACUUUCUCCAGAGGAGCGGCGCUGUGAAGAGCUCUACCAGCAAACAGUUCGUCGAGAACAGGAUGGUCGGUACACCGUCGCCCUCCCGAAACACAACGAAACACCUCUACACUUGGGCGAGUCCCGAGAGAUUGCAUUUCGUCGGCUUCAGGGAACGGAACGUAGGCUGGCGAGGGAUGCCAGUUUGCGAGAGCAAUACGUCGCGUUUAUGGACGAGUACCUCGCGAUGGGACACAUGCGGAAGGUCGACCAAACUACUCAGGAGACGAUCCAACGAUGCUAUUUGCCGCAUCAUCCGGUGGUCAAGGAGGCAAGCAUCACCACUAAGGUACGAGUAGUGUUCGAUGCUUCCUGUAAAACGGCAUCAGGAGUGUCGUUGAACGAUGUUUUACUGGUGGGGCCAGUGAUUCAGGAGGAUCUAAGGUCAAUUGUUCUACGGUGUCGCACACGCCAAAUCAUGCUGGUAUCAGACGUGGAAAAAAUGUUCCGCCACAUCUACAUCUGCGAAGAGGAUCGACCGCUUCAAUGUAUCCUGUGGAGAUCUUCGCCGAUAGAAGAGGUUGGCGUGUAUGAGCUGAACACCGUUACAUACGGUACCAAACCAGCUCCCUUUUUGGCUACAAGGACGGUUAAGCAACUGGUGGAAGAUGAAGCAACACAGUAUCCCAUGGCAGCACAAGCAGCUAGCGAGGACGUUUACAUGGACGACGUCAUCACGGGAGCGGACGACGUCGAAACGGCACUGAUUCUCCGAGAACAACUUGACCACAUGAUGUCUAGAGGAGGUUUCCGGUUGAGAAAGUGGGCGUCCAACUGCUCCAAGGUAUUGGAGGGCGUACCAGCAGAAGACCUUGCCAUUAAACAAACAGCAGAAAUCAAUUUUGGGACCGAUCCGUCCGUAAAAACACUUGGUCUGACCUGGGUGCCCAAAACCGAUGAAUUGAAAUUCCAAUUCGAAAUCCCUGCGUUAGAGGAGUCAGAGAAACUCACUAAACGUCGUGUUUUGUCCAUCAUUGCAACACUUUUUGACCCUUUGGGGCUACUAGGAGCUGCUAUUACCACUGCAAAGAUUUUUAUGCAGCAACUCUGGUCGAUUCAGGACGAGAAAGGUCAAAAACUCGACUGGGAUAAGCCACUUCCUCCCACGGUGGGUGAGACAUGGCUUAAACUGCGUACCCAACUAUCAGCGUUCAACCAAAUCAAGAUCGGCCGUUGCGUUAUCGUUCCUGGAGCGGUUUCUGUGGAAAUACACUGUUUCUCAGACGCCUCGGAGAAGGCCUUUGGUCACAUAACAUAA